AUGCUGUUGAUCGGAGUUAUUGAUUCUCUCUACCAUCAGCUGUUUGCAGCAGCAACUGGUUACCACACUAGUCUCCAUGAUCAAUCUGCCUUCUCUGCAGCCAGGACCAGCAGCAUGAUGGGAUGUUUCCAGAAUGCAGUUACAUUUGACAAACUUUUGGUUAACAUUGGGAAUGACUUCCGGCCAGACACAGGCAGGCUUAUUUGCAGAAUCCCUGGGGCUUAUUAUUUCUCAUUCACCGUUGGAAAGUAUCCAAAGAAAAUACUCUCGGUCAUGCUGAUGAAGAACAGGUACGAGGUUCAAGCAAUAGCCUUCGAUGAUCAUCGGCAAAAGAAUCGCAAAGUACAGAGCCAGAGCUUGAUGCUGAGAUUGAAAACAGGUGAUACUGUCUGGUUGUUACUGCAUGGUAACUCCAAGUAUGCUCUAUACAGUAACACAGGACCAUACACAACCUUCACUGGCUACCUGGUCUAUCCUGAAUUUCCACCCAGUUGGAUAGGCAACAGUCUGCCUUCACUCAGUGUCACGUCCAACUGCUCUCACUCCAUUGCUAAACCGAAAAGAAACCAGUCGACUUUGAGCCGCCUCACAGCACCUCAGCCAAAGGACAACAUUCGUUCUGCAUUUUCCGCAGCCAGAACCAAGUCACUGCUUGGGGAGAACGUGCAGAACCUGCCAUAUGCAGCAGUAACAUUUGACACAGAGUACAUCAACAUCGGUGAACAUUUUGACAAGCUGAGCGGCUUCUUCACAUGCCAGAUCCCAGGUGCAUACUAUUUCUCCUUCAACGUUGGGAAACAUCCCUGGAAGGCCAUCUCGGUCAAGCUGAUGAAGAAUCUCAGUGAGGUGCAGGCCAUGAUUUUCAACGAAGAUUACACUCAGCACAGGGAGAUGCAAAGCCAGAGUGUCAUGCUCCAGCUGGGCGCAGGGGACAAAGUGUGGCUGUACAGCCAGCAGCACCCACGCUUUGGUUUGUACAGCAACCAUGGCAAGUACAUCACCUUCACUGGAUUCCUCAUUUAUCCAGACACAAACACCUAAAGAGCC